UUUUGUACACAUUGUUUCUCACUCUGCUCUGAAGAGUUAAUCCCUCGGACAAAGCCAGAGGAAUCCUUAUUUUCAUUAUGUCAGAACUGCAACAUGUAAGAGUACACCCAGGUGUGACUGGCAGCUCACAUGGAAGUCUCUAGAAAUGCCAUAAUGAGCAGUAUGGCUGGACUCAAGUACUGAACAGAGCAAGGAAAUCCUCAUGUCCAUGUAAAUUCAACUUGAACGUGAACUCUUCCACACAAACAGAAAUCAGCGGUACCCAGGAGAGCCUGGCGCUUUCUGUUAACCCAAGUGUUGGCUCAAACUCUUAUUUCACACACGCCUGUGCGCGCUACAACGAUGCCUCAUAACACUGCCCGCUGUUCUUGAGGAGGAGACCAAAGAGGAGGAGACAGCAUAGGACAUGACAGAGUGCCUGACAGAAUGCAAAGCGCUGGUGACUCCGUCCACGCGCAACGGCCACCGCGUCUUCAGCUACACCCUAGAGAGCCACACGGCGGCCGCCUUCGCCAUCAUGAACGAGCUGCGUCUGGAGCGUCAGCUGUGCGACGUCACGCUGCGUGUGCGCUACAAAGACCUGGAGGCGGUGGACUUCGUGGCUCACAAGGUGGUGUUGGCCUCUUCAUCACCGGUCUUCAGGGCCAUGUUCACCAACGGCCUGAAGGAGUGCGGUAUGGAGCUGGUGCCCAUCGAGGGGAUCCAUCCCAGGGUUAUGGACCGACUGAUUGAGUUUGCUUACACAGCCAGCAUCUCUGUGGGGGAGAAGUGUGUCAUUCACGUGAUGAACGGAGCUGUCAUGUACCAGAUAGACAGCGUGGUCAAGGCCUGCUGCGAUUUCCUCGUCCAGCAGCUCGACCCCAGCAACGCCAUUGGCAUCGCCAACUUUGCUGAGCAGAUCGGUUGCACUGAGCUCCACCAGAAGGCCCGUGAAUAUAUCUACAUGAAUUUCAGCCAGGUGGCGACUCAGGAGGAGUUCUUCAACUUGUCCCACUGCCAGCUGGUCACCCUCAUCAGCCGCGAUGAGCUCAACGUGCGCUGUGAGUCUGAAGUCUUCCAGGCGUGCGUGGCCUGGGUGCGCUACGAUCGGGAGAACCGGCGACCGUACGUCCAGGCGUUGCUCCAGGCUGUGCGCUGCCAUUCCCUCACCCCCAACUUCCUGCAGGCCCAGCUCCAGUCUCUAGACUGGGACCCCCAGUGUAAAGACUACCUGGCGCAGAUCUUCCAGGACCUCACCCUCCACAAACCCACCAAAGUCAUUUCUUGCCGAACACCUAAGGUGCCGCAGCUCAUCUACACAGCGGGGGGUUAUUUCCGUCAGUCUCUCAGCUACCUGGAGGCAUAUAAUCCCUGUUCAGGAGCCUGGCUGCGGCUGGCUGACCUGCAGGUUCCUCGCAGCGGCCUGGCAGCUUGUGUGAUCAGUGGGCUUUUCUAUGCUGUUGGUGGAAGAAACAACGCGCCUGAUGGCAACAUGGACUCAAAUGCUUUGGACUGCUAUAACCCCAUGAACAACUGCUGGCUGCCGUGUGCACCGAUGAGCGUACCUAGGAACCGGAUUGGAGUUGGUGUCAUCGAUGGCAUGAUAUAUGCAGUCGGAGGAUCACAUGGCUGCAUUCAUCACAACAGUGUAGAAAGGUAUGAUCCAGAAAGGGACCAGUGGCAGCUGGUAGCUCCCAUGUUGACACGGCGUAUCGGUGUGGGUGUUGCGGUCAUCAACCGGCUGCUUUAUGCUGUGGGAGGGUUCGACGGGGCCAACCGACUCAGCUCCUGUGAGUGCUACAACCCUGAGAGGGACGAGUGGAAGACUAUGGCCCCCAUGAACACUGUGCGCUCCGGAGCUGGUGUGUGCUCUCUGGGGAAUCAAAUCUUUGUGAUGGGCGGCUACGAUGGCACCAACCAGCUGAACACGGUGGAGCGCUAUGACGUGGAAACUGAUACAUGGAGCUUUGCUGCCUCCAUGAGGCAUCGGCGCAGUGCUCUGGGAGUCACUGCAUUACAUGGACGCAUCUACGUACUGGGAGGUUACGAUGGCAACACUUUCCUGGACAGCGUGGAGUGUUAUGACCCUGAGAAGGACACCUGGUCAGAGGUGACACACAUGACGUCAGGGCGGAGUGGCGUGGGUGUGGCCGUUACCAUGGAGCCAUGCCAGAAAGAACUACCACAGUGUCAGAAGUCUGAGCGGGAGAGCGGUGCUGCCUCACCGGCCUACCAGUCUGCCAACUCUGGUUUUAGCUCUCACCACAAUCAGCGGCACGGUGGGCCCUUUGGCAAAGGCGCUUGACCACACACACACACACACACACACACACACACACGCACGCACACGCACAGAGAGAGAAGAACCCCGAAACUCCACUCUGUCUUCCCAAAUCAAAAGAAAGACCCUCACAGAUGAUUCGAGACAGAGGUGAGCUCAAACACCACGUGCUGCCUCACUGGUUCUAGAGAUCAUACUUGAUGUGAAAGGAAAAAAAAAACGUAACACUUUAUUUUCAAAGUGCAGUGUUGAUGGUCAUCUAUAAGAUGACAAAAAAUAAAUAAAGAAAUUUGAGUGUCCGCAUUGGAUUAUUCAAAUCAAGUAUGAACCCAGAUCCUACGGUCCACUUUUCUAGACCUAAAAGUUGAUUCAUUUCUUUGUGGUUAAUUGUGUUCCGCCAAAUCUGAGAGACCUCAGUCCGUCUGUGUUUUUAGAUCUGGUAUUUGAAGUACUCAGUCGGACCAUCAUCUCCCAGGUUUGAGCCGCGGGAGGAAAGGGCUGCAUACUAAAAAGGGUAAUUUCCUGGCUCAAAGAGUCAUCAGGGGCUCUUUAAGUGAGAGGAGAGAAAAAGUAACAAUUCAGAUGAUCCCAUCAUAUAAAGAAAAAGACAAAAAAAAAAGUAGCAUUUGUCAGCAUAGGCAGUAGAGUUCAAAGUGCCAUUAAGAUGCCUGUGGGCAUUAACUGUCAUCAGUAUAUUCACUCGAGGUGCUUUGUUGGAAAGGCACAGUCACUGUGCGGUGUGUAGAAAUAGUGAAGUUAACCCAGACAGCCAUGAGAUGAAGCGUACACAUGCGAUUGGGCCUCAUGCAAGAACACUUCCUGGAUCCUGAACCUCUCUUUACAUUUCUCUGUGCAUGUUCCAGUUCACUUGAACUGCAGACACUUGUAUUAUAUAUCAGCUCCAUGAAUGCCACAUGUUCACGAGGUGGUGCACAUGUGUGAGACUCCAUCAUCAGCAUAAUCAACUCACACGAGAUUUCUUUACGAGGCUACUCGCCUUCUUCAUGGGCAAGUUUUAUUCAAAACACCUCCCCCGGAGAUAACACAAUAAAUUGCACAAUUUUGAGUUUCAAGCCUUAAUGUUAAAAAUCAGAUACAUUCACAAAUUUAGCAAUGUGGGCCUGGCAAAAAAACACAGACACACAGAAAUAAGGAGUUGUUUGAUAUGGAUUCAAACUCUAAAAACAAAAGUUAACUAAAAUGUGGCAGUCAGGGGAGCAUGGCACUGGGAAAGGGCUGUUUUAAUGCACAGUUUGUAUUUUUUCUUACGAAAAGUAACGCACCAGAUUUUGCUUCGUCAUUAUGUCUCUUCUCCUAAACCUAAGAACAAUUAUUUUACUUGCACCUAACUUCCUUAAUUUUAUGUUAGGUACAUAACUUUAUGCUAAAUAAAUUACGUAUUUAGCAUAAAGUUAUUAUUUGUGGAGUGCUGAUGCGCAGGAUAUAUAAACUAUUGUGUGCACAUUUUCGGAAGAUAUUAUACAGACUUUUUAUUAGGAAUCCGUUUCUCAGGGAGCUGGAUGAGAGUACGUUCCAUUAAACAGAAUGCAAUGUUACACUUUUGGGUGUUAAAACGAGGGUUUUCACCUGAACAGUAACCUGUUGAAAGAUCCUGACACAGCUGUCGGAGUCUUUUGCAAGCAACUGCUGAACUGUACAAAUUGUCAUUGCAAACUAUGGCAGUAAAAACAUUUUAAAAAAGCCCAACUUUAAAGAAAAUCUUAGUGAAUUGACAAACCGUGAUGGAAAUCACACUGAUACUGUGAUACUUUUAUUUGGCUAUUUUUUGCAAGUCCAAAUUAUUUCAGCGUAUCUGUAUAUGACUCAAACAACAGGCUUGGACCACCACUGAUUUCUGCUCAUAUCCAAGAAAACGAAUGAUUGCCAUUAAUUCUCUUAAAUCAGUCAUGGUUCAAUUUAAGAUGGGAUCUGUUUCUUGCAUGAGGCCCAAAGUCUCAAAUUCAAGUGCUGGUACAAGAGAAGCAGGGCUUUAAAAUAACUGCUUUGUAACAAAUGUGUUUUUUCACUAAUAGCCACUGGUAGUUUCAGAAAAUGUGAAAUUUUUUGGGAAAGAUGUUGACAAAGAUUGAGUGUUGCUUCUUGUCAGAGAGUCUGGUCCAGUAUAAUUGGUGUGCCAAGAGAAUGAAGAAAACAAGUUUCGAUUGUGUUUAGAGGAAACAGAAUACUGUAGCAUUUAAAAACUUGGAUUCAGCAUCUCACUGAAUGUGUUUUUAUAAAAAACACUAAUUACUGACACAAAAGAGAACCUCCCUCUACAGUUAACUUUUUGGUUUUCACCUCCGCCAGACCUCAGAAACAGAACAGUGACCAUGUUUGUUCAUUAGUGUCCAGAUAUUGUACGCUAAUGACAACAACUUGCAUAAAGAAGUGUAUUUGUAACAGCAAUUUAAGCUACAAAGGUUUUUAAGUCAUGUUUUGUACAUUGAUAUUCUAAGAAGUCUUGUACAGAAUUUCAGAGCUCAGUUUUUUUAUUUAUUUGUUCGGGAUCCUUUUGGUUUUCUUGUUCCUCUGAACUGACAUCAGCUUUGUACUGAAUUGGACUCUGGUGUUGUGUUUUUUGAAUAACUAGCAUGCAUUGUAACUAAGUAGAAAUGCCUGUUCAUGCUAAUUUUGGAUGUUUGUAAAGAAAAAAAUGCUUCACUUCAAAAGGGACUUUUUUUUCCUGUCCGUCGGUAGUUGGAAUGGAUAUUAGAAUAUUUAAGGUCUGCUUUGUACAUUUUUUUUUCAAGCAAAAAAUACCCUGUACAAAUAACAUUGUAAAGUAAAAUAUAUGUUUAUUGUA